AUGGAAAUUGAAAACGAACAGAUUUGCACCUGCAUAGCGCAGAUUCUGCAUCUUCUCAAUAGCUUAAUUAUUACAUUCUUAGAUGAUGAUAAGACGGAAACUGGACAAUCUUUUGUUUAUAUUGAUGGAUUUCUUGUCAAAAAGCAUAACAAUCAACAUACUAUUGUUAAUUUCGAAACUUACAAAAAUAAAAUGAAAGUUUCCGAUAGGCGUAAGUUUGAAAAAGCAAACUUUGACGAGUUUGAGUCGGCUCUAAAUAACAAAAACGACUUGGUACAUUGUCCCUCAAUAACUUUAUUUGAAUCGAUCCCCACGGAAGUGCGGUCAUUCUACGAAGACGAAAAGUCUGGUCUAAUCAAAGUGGUAAAAUUCAGAACUGGUGCAAUGGAUAGGAAAAGGUCUUUUGAAAAAAUUGUCGUUUCCGUCAUGGUCGGGAAAAAUGUACAAAAGUUCCUGACGUUUGUUGAAGACGAACCAGAUUUCCAGGGCGGACCAAUCCCUUCAAAGUAUCUUAUUCCCAAGAAAAUCAACUUGAUGGUCUACACGUUGUUUCAAGUGCAUACUUUGAAAUUCAAUAGAAAGGAUUACGAUACCCUUUCUCUUUUUUACCUCAACAGAGGAUACUAUAAUGAGUUGAGUUUCCGUGUCCUGGAACGUUGUUACGAAAUAGCGAGUGCCAGGCCGAACGACAGCUCUACGAUGCGUACUUUCACUGACUUUGUUUCUGGCACACCUAUUGUAAGGGGUCUUCAGAAAAGCACCAUAAGGAAAUAUGGAUACAAUUUGGCACCCUACAUGUUUUUGUUACUACACGUAGAUGAGCUAUCGAUUUUUUCUGCAUACCAAGCAAGUUUACCUGGCGAAAAGAAAGUCGACACAGAGCGGCUGAAGCGUGAUCUAUGCCCACGUAAACCCACUGAGAUAAAGUACUUUUCACAGAUAUGUAACGAUAUGAUGAACAAAAAGGACCGAUUGGGUGAUAUUUUGCAUAUUAUCUUGCGAGCAUGUGCGCUCAAUUUCGGGGCGGGUCCCCGUGGUGGCGCUGGUGACGAAGAGGAUCGAUCCAUUACGAAUGAAGAACCCAUUAUUCCCUCUGUGGACGAGCAUGGCUUGAAAGUAUGUAAGUUGCGCAGUCCUAACACUCCACGAAGACUCAGAAAAACACUAGAUGCCGUGAAAGCUUUAUUGGUGUCGUCUUGUGCUUGUACCGCAAGGGAUUUAGAUAUAUUUGAUGACAACAACGGCGUUGCGAUGUGGAAAUGGAUCAAAAUUCUGUACCACGAAGUAGCGCAGGAAACCGCGCUGAAGGACUCUUAUAGAAUAACUUUGGUACCUUCUUCUGAUGGUGUAUCAGUAUGUGGAAAACUGUUUAAUCGCGAGUAUGUCCGCGGCUUUUACUUUGCAUGCAAGGCUCAGUUUGAUAACCUUUGGGAAGAAUUGAACGACUGCUUUUAUAUGCCUACAGUGGUUGAUAUUGCCAGCCUCAUUUUGCGUAAUCGAGAAGUUUUGUUCAGAGAGCCAAAGCGAGGAAUUGACGAGUAUCUGGAGAACGAUUCUUUCCUUCAAAUGAUACCUGUUAAAUAUCGUGAAAUUGUGCUGCCCAAGUUGAGAAGAGAUACUAACAAAAUGACCGCGGCUCUUAAAAAUAAAGUCACUGUUGCAAUUGACGAGCUUACGGUGCCACUUAUGUGGAUGAUCCAUUUUGCCGUAGGAUACCCUUACCGUUAUCCAGAGCUUCAGCUACUCGCUUUUGCCGGUCCUCAGCGCAACGUAUACGUCGAUGAUACAACAAGACGCAUCCAACUGUACACUGAUUACAACAAGAACGGUUCAUCGGAGCCUCGACUUAAGACGCUUGACGGACUCACUUCAGAUUACGUGUUUUAUUUUGUCACUGUGCUAAGGCAAAUGCAAAUAUGUGCGCUUGGUAACAGUUAUGACGCUUUUAAUCAUGAUCCUUGGAUGGAUGUGGUGGGAUUUGAGGAUCCAGAUCAAGUAACAAAUCGAGACAUUUCGAGGAUAGUUUUGUAUUCCUACAUGUUUCUGAAUACCGCGAAGGGCUGUCUGGUUGAAUACGCAACUUUUCGGCAGUACAUGAGGGAACUUCCGAAGAAUGCACCUCAGAAGCUGAAUUUUCGGGAGAUGCGUCAGGGGUUGAUUGCCCUAGGACGGCACUGCGUAGGUAGCAGAUUUGAAACAGAUUUGUACGAGUCGGCGACGAGUGAACUCAUGGCCAAUCAUUCCGUUCAAACAGGGCGAAAUAUUUACGGUGUGGAUUCCUUUUCGUUAACUAGUGUCAGUGGGACGACCGCCACUUUAUUGCAGGAACGAGCUUCCGAGCGCUGGAUUCAAUGGUUAGGCCUUGAAAGCGACUACCAUUGUUCAUUCUCUAGUACUCGGAAUGCGGAAGACGUAGUGGCAGGUGAGGCGGCGAGUUCAGAUCAUCAUCAAAAAAUUUCAAGAGUAACGCGAAAAAGGCCCCGAGAGCCCAAGAGUACAAACGAUAUCCUCGUCGCAGGCCAGAAACUCUUUGGCAGCUCCUUUGAAUUCAGGGACUUGCAUCAGUUGCGCUUAUGUCAUGAAAUAUACAUGGCAGACACACCCUCUGUGGCAGUACAGGCCCCACCGGGCUAUGGUAAGACGGAGUUAUUUCAUCUCCCCUUGAUAGCACUGGCGUCUAAGGGCGACGUGAAAUAUGUGUCGUUUCUGUUUGUACCGUACACAGUGUUGCUUGCUAAUUGCAUGAUCAGGUUGAGCCGAUGCGGUUGCUUGAAUGUGGCCCCUGUAAGAAACUUUAUUGAAGAAGGUUGCGAUGGCGUUACUGAUUUAUACGUGGGGAUCUACGAUGAUCUUGCUAGCACUAAUUUCACAGACAGGAUAGCUGCGUGGGAGAAUAUUGUUGAGUGCACCUUUAGGACCAACAACGUAAAAUUGGGUUACCUCAUUGUAGAUGAGUUUCACAACUUUGAAACGGAGGUCUACCGGCAGUCGCAAUUUGGGGGCAUAACUAACCUUGAUUUUGACGCUUUUGAGAAAGCAAUCUUUUUGAGCGGCACAGCACCUGAGGCUGUAGCUGAUGCUGCGUUGCAGCGUAUUGGGCUUACGGGACUGGCCAAGAAGUCGAUGGACAUCAACGAGCUCAAACGGUCGGAAGAUCUCAGCAGAGGUCUAUCCAGCUAUCCAACACGGAUGUUUAAUCUAAUCAAGGAGAAAUCCGAGGUGCCUUUAGGGCAUGUUCAUAAAAUUUGGAAGAAAGUGGAAUCACAGCCCGAAGAAGCACUGAAGCUUCUUUUAGCCCUCUUUGAAAUUGAACCAGAGUCGAAGGCCAUUGUAGUUGCAAGCACAACCAACGAAGUGGAAGAAUUGGCCUGCUCUUGGAGAAAGUAUUUUAGGGUGGUAUGGAUACACGGGAAGCUGGGUGCUGCAGAAAAGGUGUCUCGCACAAAGGAGUUUGUCACUGACGGUAGCAUGCGAGUUCUCAUCGGAACGAAAUUAGUGACUGAAGGAAUUGACAUUAAGCAAUUGAUGAUGGUGAUCAUGCUUGAUAAUAGACUUAAUAUUAUUGAGCUCAUUCAAGGCGUAGGGAGACUAAGAGAUGGGGGCCUCUGUUAUCUAUUAUCUAGAAAAAACAGUUGGGCGGCAAGGAAUCGUAAGGGUGAAUUACCACCGAUUAAGGAAGGCUGUAUAACCGAACAGGUACGCGAGUUCUAUGGACUUGAAUCAAAGAAAGGAAAAAAGGGCCAGCAUGUUGGAUGCUGUGGCUCCAGGACAGACCUGUCUGCUGACACAGUGGAACUGAUAGAAAGAAUGGACAGAUUGGCUGAAAAACAGGCGACAGCUUCCAUGUCGAUCGUUGCGUUACCGUCUAGCUUCCAGGAGAGCAAUAGCAGUGACAGGUGCAGAAAGUAUUGCAGCAGUGAUGAGGACAGCGACACGUGCAUUCAUGGUAGUGCUAAUGCCAGUACCAAUGCGACUACCAACUCCAGCACUAAUGCUACUACCACUGCCAGCACCAACGUCAGGACUAGUGCUACUACCACUGCCAGCAUCAACGUCAGGACUAGUGCGACUACCACUGAAAGUACCAACUCCAGCACUAAUGCUACUACCACUGCCAGCACCAACGUCAGGACUAGUGCUACUACCACUGCCAGCAUCAACGUCAGGACUAGUGCGACUACCACUGAAAGUACCAACUCCAACACUAGUGCUACUACCACCGAAAGUACCGACUCCAACACUAGUGCUACUACCACCGAAAGUACCGACUCCAACACUAGUGCUACUACCACUGCUAGCACCAACUCCAGCACUAAUGCCACUACCACUGCUAGCACCAACUCCAGCACUAAUGCCACUACCACUGAAAGUACCAACGCUAGUGCCAAGGAGGACGCCAAUAAAGAUGGCAAUGCUGAGGAUAAUAGAUUCCAUCCAGUCACCGACAUUAACAAAGAGUCGUAUAAGCGGAAAGGGAGUCAAAUGGUUUUGCUAGAGAGAAAGAAACUGAAAGCACAAUUUCCCAAUACUUCCGAGAAUAUGAAUGUCUUACAGUUUCUUGGAUUUCGGUCUGACGAAAUUAAACAUCUUUUCCUCUAUGGUAUUGACGUAUACUUCUGCCCAGAGGGAGUAUUCACACAAUACGGAUUAUGCAAGGGCUGUCAAAAGAUGUUCGAGCUCUGUGUCUGUUGGGCUGGCCAGAAAGUAUCGUAUCGGAGGAUGGCUUGGGAAGCACUAGCUGUGGAGAGAAUGCUGCGAAAUGACGAGGAAUACAAAGAAUACUUGGAAGACAUCGAGCCAUAUCAUGGGGACCCUGUAGGAUAUUUGAAAUAUUUUAGCGUAAAAAGGGGAGAGAUCUACUCUCAGAUACAGAGAAAUUAUGCUUGGUACCUGGCCAUUACUAGAAGAAGAGAAACAAUUAGUGUAUUGGAUUCGACAAGAGGCAAGCAAGGGAGCCAAGUUUUCCGCAUGUCUGGAAGGCAGAUCAAAGAGUUGUAUUAUAAAGUAUGGAGCAACUUGCGUGAAUCGAAGACAGAGGUGCUGCAGUACUUUUUGAACUGGGACGAAAAAAAGUGCCGGGAAGAAUGGGAGGCAAAAGACGAUACGGUCUUUGUGGAAGCGCUCGAGAAAGUUGGAGUUUUUCAGCGUUUGCGUUCCAUGACGAGCGCUGGACUGCAGGGUCCGCAGUACGUCAAGCUGCAGUUUAGCAGGCAUCAUCGACAGUUGAGGAGCAGAUAUGAAUUAAGUCUAGGAAUGCACUUGCGAGAUCAGCUUGCGCUGGGAGUUACCCCAUCUAAAGUGCCGCAUUGGACGGCAUUCCUGUCGAUGCUGAUAGGGCUGUUCUGCAAUAAAACAUUUCGGCAGAAACUGGAAUAUCUUUUGGAGCAGAUUUCGGAGGUGUGGUUGUUACCACAUUGGCUUGAUUUGGCAAACGUUGAAGUUCUCGCUGCAGAUAACACGAGGGUACCGCUGUACAUGCUGAUGGUAGCGGUUCACAAAGAGCUGGAUAGCGAUGAUGUUCCAGACGGUAGAUUUGAUAUAUUAUUAUGUAGAGAUUCGAGCAGAGAAGUUGGAGAGUGA